AUGGAUUGGCUCGCUGAGUACCAUGUCAUAUUGGACUACUCCGUGAGGACAGUCACGUUCUGUAUACCCAGCGUGCCAGAGUUCCAAUUUAUUGCUGAGCCCAAAGGAGAGCAGCUUUCCUGCCUGUUGUCGUGUGUCAUUGAGGAGUCAGCUGCUUUGAGUAUCGACCAGAUGCCAGUCGACAUGCCACGCAGGAGAGUGACCCGAUCGACUCUCGCACCACCACCUAAGACUCCCGCUCCACCACUUGCGGCUCCUGCCCUACCACCUACAAUCCCCACUCCACCAUCAGAAGUUCCUACCACCCAUCUUAAGGAUGCUGCUCCUCCACCAAAGACCGAUGCGGAUCCGACUGUAUCUGGCGAGCCAGACCCAAUGGUAGCUGAGAGAUGGAGCGUCGAUGUGAAGAAGAUAUUCAAUACGAUGGAAUGUACGACCGAGCGGCAAGUCUGA